UAUCCGCUAACUGGCGCCGUUCCACCGCACAACAACUGGACCGGACAUCCACAGAAACGGCAGUGCGUCCUUGUUUUUUUUUUAUUGUUACGCGGAUGCAACUGGAGAAGCCGCGAACGUGACGUUCUCACCAGCAAGUGCGUGACCUUCGGGAAUUUGCUACCACCGUCUUCGUGAGUUCCAUUCGGUCUAUGCUAAGAAUCGAAGACUAGGUGUGUGUGCUUGGUGCUGAGCUGCUGGGGUCCACGCGUGUUUAAAUGCGAAUUGCAUUGUGCCAUACUACCAUCUGCGCCCCGUGACAGACGAGAGCAGCAGAGACGGGCCUGUCGACGUCCGUAACUAUUCAAUUCACGGUUGACAUCAAUUGAAGAAUAAAGUGGAUUAUUUUACAUCUGCUGCAGUUGCAACAGACAGUCUCGUUUGUGUCUGGUGAUUAAAAGUUAGCAUUGUUAAGUUUAUAAAAUACACAGGUAGUUUUCGUUAAUAUUUGCAAAUAGCUAGUAUAGUGCACAAAGAAAAAAUAAUAAUGUAUAUGUACGACCCACCAAAGAAAAACAACUUCACAUCAGUUGAAGAAUUCCAAGAGGCCUUCAAUCUGUUCGAUAACCGCGGCGAUGGAAAAAUCCAGCAGCAGCAGAUUGGCGAGUGCCUGCGUGCCCUGGGCCAGAACCCGACCGAGUCCGACGUGAAAAAGUUCACCAUGCAGCUGAAGCCGGACGAGCGCGUGUCGUUCGAGGUGUUCCUGCCGAUCUAUCAGGCCAUUUCGAAGCAGCGUACCGCCGACACGGCUGACGACUUCAUCGAGGGGCUGCGCCACUUCGAUAAGGACGCGAGCGGAUUCAUUUCCUCAGCUGAGCUGAGACAUCUGCUCACCACGCUGGGCGAGAAGCUGGCCGAUGAUGAGGUCGAACAACUUCUCCAAAAUCAGGAAGAUUCACAAGGUAACGUAAACUACGAAGAGUUCGUUCGAAUGGUCAUGAGCGGUUAGAUGGACAGAACGCGCUGAGUACAGCAAAUCCACCAUAUUUUACUGUAUAUCUUGUAUUGGAUACUUCCACUUGAAGAACAACUUUAAGGAUUCUAAUGUGCCCAAGUAUUGUUCAAUGAACCUAUGGACAAUAGGUGGAAUGAAAAGUAACAGUUUAUUAUUAGUUUCGUCCGGACUCUUUAGGACACAGUGUAAGGGUCAUCAAGUUACUUAACAAAAAUGUUUUUCUUGUUUCCAAAAGUUUUCCUUUCGAGCCCCUGGGCUGGGUUAGCGGUCCAACGUAAAAGGUGUACAUUUCAUCAAAAAUUCUAGUAUUAUUUUCAAUCCAAUCUGUACAUUCUUACUUUUGAUUGUUAGGCUGCUGGUUUAGCUCGUUUUUUGCUGUCAGCCACAGUAACAGAUUGCAUUUCUUCAACUUUCGCGUUUGAAUGUUAAACAACUGGUAAUAUCUAUAUAAAACCUUUAUUAUAUUUUAAUGAGUAAUAAAAGCCUAAUUUAUACACUACUUA